GUCGAAUUUGAUGCACCUGCUCAAGAUGAUAAAAAACAGAAGCAAAAAGGUCCUAGAAAUAGAGGUGGAAAAAGAUCCAAAACAAUGAGGAAAAAGCCUUUUUGUCUGAAUGUGUUUGAUAAAAUGCCUAUUGGUGAUGAUACCAUGGUUGUAGACUCUAAUACAUGUGCUACAGAUGGGGAUUCAGAUCACUUUGAUAGUGAUGAUCCUGGUGUUUAUGAUUCUGACAUAUCUGAGGAUGAAUUCAUGGUGACUGAAGAUGCAGUGAGAAGCAAAACAACAUAUCCAGCUUUUUAUCCAAAAAAUGUUAUUCCUAUCUUCAAUAUUGGGAUAAGGUUUAAAAAUUGUGAGGAGCUCAAGGAAGCUAUUAGAACAUAUUCUAUAAGAAAAGGAUGUAUUCUCAAAUGGCUUAAAAAUGAUAGAGAUUGUCAAAGGCUGCAAUGCACCGGGGCACUUUUUCGGCUUGCAAAAUACUUGAAACCAAAAAUUGAUUCAAACCCUCGCAAUAAGUUGAGAGAAUUGAAGCAAGGAUGUGAUGAUGAGCUUAGACUAGGAGUUUACACAAGUAUGAUGGCUAGAGCAAAAGGCAUAGUCCUUAAGGAGUUAGAACGAAACUAUAUUGGAGAAUAUGCUACUUUAAUGGGGUAUAGAGAUUUGUUAGUUCAAAAAAUUCCUAACAAUACAGUGGAGAUCAACUAUGAUAAGUAUAUUAGGGACCAUAAUCCAGUUUUUAAAAGCAUAUAUAUUUGCAUGGAUUGCAUUAGAGGGAGUGAAACAUGGAACAUGCACAAUUGUUUGAAGCUACAGCCUCCACCACUUAGGAGGACCAAAGGACGGAGGAAGAUAAAGAGGAUCAAAUCAAAACAUGAGACCAAAAACCUGAUAGCAGGACAAGUGGAAAGGAUCUCAAAGAAAGGAGUAAAAAUGACUUGUUCUUUGUGUGGGAAAGAAGGCCAUAACAGAGGACAUGUCAACACAAGGAUGACCCAACCUUCAAAAGAGAAAUGCCAAAGCUUCUACACAAACCGCUGGCUUGGCAGUUGGGUCAUCCCUCUGGUACCACAGACGAAUGAAUGACUGGACUGAAUGAGAGAAGCCCAUCCAUAAUGCAUAAAUAGAGAGUAACAGUCUCCUCAGCUGCCUGCUGUCUACUUUAGGCCAAUAGUUCCAGCAAGAACCAAAGCAAUGCAUAUUCUCCAUAUCAUAAUUCGUUUCAGUUUGUAUUGCAGUUUCUUAACUUCAUUUUGCUUGGCGACUGCCAUGUACAAGUUUCUGGUUUUUCCUAGAAACCAUAUGUAUGUUCAAUGAUGCUAUUUUUGAUAUAUCAGAAUACUGUUCAUGUAUUUCGUUUCUCAGUUUAAACCUUGAGUUUAUGUUCAUUUUUACUAAGUUUUCAUCAUUACAUCAUCAAGAUAAACUGUACAGUUGAAU